AUGUCGGACGAUCCGGAGGAGUGGGCCAAGUUGCCCCUUGCAGAACAAUUCGCGCACAAGAACUGGAAGGCGCGGAAAGGUGGUUACGAGACAGCAGCAAACCAAUUCAAGACAGCGCAACCGACAGACACGAUCGUCAAGGACUUUGUGUACGACAGUCAGCUAUGGAAAGGCGCAGUGGGAGACUCGAACGUCGCAGCGCAACAGGAGGCGCUCAACGCAUACAAUGCUUUCCUCGAUGCGGCAGGCACAGAAGGAGCGCGGAGGACACGAGGAGUCACUGUCGGGCCAGUGGUGGAGAAAGGAUUGACUGGACGACCCGCCGCAAAAGCCUCAGCACAAGAAGCACUACUUCUGCUGAUUGAACUGGACAAGGCAGAUCCCGUCAUAGAGGAGCUGCUGGGGUACUUCUCACACAAACUGCCUAAGAUCAUCGCUGCGACACUCGAAGCACUAGCCGGUAUCGUGCGCGCAUAUGGCAUGAAGAUCGUCGAGCCAAAGCCGAUACUAAAACUCCUACCCAAGAUCUAUGGACACGCCGACAAGAAUGUUCGAGCGCAGGGACAGAAUCUCACUGUAGAGAUGUACAGGUGGCUGAGGGAAGCAAUGAAGCCCCUGUUCUGGAACGAAUUGAAGGAGGUGCAACAGAAGGACUUGGACAAGCUGUUCGAGCCGGUGAAAGCGGAACCUACACCAAAGCAGGAGCGUCUACUACGAUCGCAGCAAGCCGCGAAAGAGCAGGAAGAGGCAGCUGGUGGCGGUAACGAAGAGGCGGAAGAAGAGGGCGACGAAGGUGGGGAGAUCGAUCUGGAGCCAGAAUUCGAGGCUGUGGAUGUGCUCGCAAAGGUGCCGAAAGACUUCAACGAUCGACUCGCCAGCACAAAGUGGAAGGACAGGAAAGAGGCACUUGACGAGACAUUCACAGCAGUAAACGUGCCUGCGAUACAGCCGGGUUCCUUUGACGACAUCAUCCGAGGUUGUGCAAAGAGCAUGAAGGACGCCAAUAUUGCCGUGGUCACAAUUGCCGCAAAUGUGGUCGAAUGUCUAGCAAAAGGCUUGCGGAAGGACUUCUCCAAGUAUCGAAGCUCGAUUCUAGCUUCAAUGCUGGAGCGAUUCAAGGAGAAGAAGGCAUCUGUGACGGAUGCUAUUGGCGCUGCCUGCGACGCCGUCUUCUCUGCCACUAGCCUGGGCGACGUGCAAGCAGAUGUGUUGGAGGCACUGAAGAGCAAGAACCCUCAGGUCAAGGAGAAUACUGCCAAGUUUCUGACUCGAGCCCUGAGAACUACACGAGAAGCGCCCACCAUCGAGCAGACGAAAGAGAUCUGUGAAGGCGCCAAGAAGCUCCUCACCGAAAGCGCCGCGCCACUACGAGAUGCCGGGAGUGAAGUAAUGGGCGUGUUGUGGAAGAUCAUGGGCGACCGGAACAUGUUGGCACACUUUGAAGGACUCGACGAUAUUCGAAAGAACAAGAUCAAGGAGGUUUCGGAUGCUGCGGAGGUCAAAGCGAAGUGGAAGCCGAAAGCUGCGGCGCCUCCACCAAAAGCCGCUGCGCCAGCUGGAAGAAAGCCUGCUCUCGGCACGAAGCGACCUGCUGCGAAGAAGGCUGCGCCGCCAAAGUCAGCAUCUCCGCCACUUGAUGAAGAUGCACCAGCGUUACAGCCAAGACCAACAACCAGACCUGGCGCCAAACCGGGUGGUCUUAAGCCACCUGGUGGCCUCAAAGCCCCGGGAAGUGGACUUGCAAGACCUGGGAUGGGCCUGAAAGCACCAUCAGCAGGAGCAGCAUCACCGAAGCGUCAAGCACCCGUUGCCGAUGACCCUCCGCCACCAUCAACACCCAAACCAAGUGCUGGUGCGGGUAGGGGUCUGGCAGGACGGCCACUUGGCAAGCCAGCCCUCGCGCCCACGUCACCUUCCGCUGCGCCGCGAGCAGAUCCAGCUAGCAGUGCACUCAGCGCUAUUGAGCGACAGGAGCUUUCUGAUCUGCGAGCGGAAGUCGAUCUUGCGCGACAGCAGGCGUCAGAUCUUCGCACUGACAAGCUCAGGCUUACGUCACAAGUUGCAGAACUGCAAGUACAGAACGCACAACUGAUCGAAGACCACACCCGCGAUGUGCUCCAAAUCAAGGCAAAGGAAACUCAGCUCGUGCGUGCCCGCUCGGACGCUGAAUCAGCAGAAGACCGCGCCAAUUCCCUUAGCAAGGAAAUCGACAGACUGAAGCGGGAGAUCUCUCGGCUGGGUAGGAAUCAGGCUGGUAGAGACAGCCCGAUCGACAGCGCGCCGACUUCUCCACGUCCAGCAUACGGCAGCAGCAGAAGCUUCAAUGUGCCGUCAGCACGAGGCUACGGUAACAUCGAUGGCUAUAGUGACGGUAAGGAGAACCAGUUCCAUGAUACUAACGGAAAGCUAAGAGGUGGUUAUGCAGAUGCUCGAGACCGUGCGCUGAGCGGUACCAGUCGACAUUCGAGACCGGAGAGCAACGGCAAUGGGUCUGGGCGUGCGACGCCUAGUGAUGAUCGACAGUCAAACCUGGAUAGAAGUCAGGGUGAGGGAGUUGAGAGUUGGCGGAGGGCGGCGGAGGUCACGCAGAAUUUGAAGGCGAGGAUUGAGAUGAUGAAGGCCAGACAGAACAUUGGUCGUGGCCAAUGA